ACUCUCAUCUUCUCAUUCUCCCGAAACUCUCUCAUCACUCUUCCCUCCCUUCACUCUCUCUCACCAAGAAAAAGUUUGUUACACUGCGUAACAAACUCCAACCAACUUCUUCAUCUUUUCCACAUAACCACUCUCCUCCACCUCCAACCAUCACCAUGACCACCGCCCUACCGCCGCCGUAAUCGUUAUUCUUCCGCCUUCAUCUUCAUGGCGCCAGCCUUCAACCACCACUACAAUGAGCUAUUCAUCCGGUCCUCUCCUCUCUACCAAGCACAGUAGAAACAUCAUCAUCGCACUCGAAACUUAAAGCAAGGUUUACGCGAUUCUUUGAAGAAGAUUGCCUCGUCACCACAUCAACAUCAUCAAGAAUUCCCAACUGUAGAAGUCCUCGGAAGAUUACCAGUCAAGAGUCUAUUCCAAGGUAUCCAAGGUUAUUAUCUUCUUCACUUGAAAUGGCUAACAACGUGACAGUUACCAAAGAAGUUACUAGGCGCACCUUCACCUGCAGUUUCUUCCGAGAGGAUAUAACGCCUCUGAUUCGUUUGAGUACUUCAGUUACUGGGCUAAACUUGGAUGAAUUCAGGAAGACAUAUGGUCAUAUCCUACACAUGUUAACUUCUCGGGUUGAUGAAUGGGCUCUCUACACACUUCUUCAGUUCUACGAUCCUGAGUUACGAUGUUUCACCUUCCCUGAUUACCAACUGGCACCAACCCUUGAAGAAUAUGCUGAUAUCCUCAAGAUUAAGGUUCAACACAGGAUUCCUUUUGUAUGUGUACCCGAGAAACCGAAAAUGGACCGAAUUGCUGGUGCUCUUUAUUUGAGCAUGAAAGAUGUUACAGAUAACUGGAAGCCUAAUGGUGGAACCCACGGAUUCUAUGUUAAAUUUCUGAUGAGGAAAGCUGAUGCCCUUGUUAUUGAGAAGAAAUGGAAAGAAUUCAAUGCUCUCUUAGCUGUUAUGAUCUAUGGUUUGGUGUUGUUCCCGAAUAUCCCGAAUUUUGUCGAUCUUACUGCCAUUUGCCUCUUUAUGGAUCAAAACCCCGUGCCUACUCUCUUGGCGGAUACUUAUUAUGCUGUUCAUUCCAGGUAUGGGACGAAGGGAGCCGUUGGAGGCUGUUUGCCGUUGUUAUACGAGUGGUUCACUUCACAUUUGCCUAAAAGUGGACCGUUUGUCACAACAAGAGACUCACAGAAGUGGCCUCAAAGGAUCAUGGGGCUUACGGCGAAUGACAUCGUUUGGUAUCACCUUGGGAAAGGGAUAGAGGAAGUUAUUACUAGAUGUGGUAGUUUCAACAACGUUCCCCUCAUAGGAACGAAGGGAGUUAUCAAUUACAAUCCGAGGCUAGCGCUGCGUCAGUUGGGUUUUGCACUAAAGGACAAGCCGUUAGACAAGGAAAUAUUUGAAUCUGUUUGCUUUAAGAAAGGGGCUGAUCCAGAGGGUCUAGAAAAAGUGAGGAGCGCCUGGAAUAGUAUUCAUACAGAUGACCGAACUUCCUUGGGAGGGAAGAAUGCCAUUGCUAAACAAGCCUACACUGAUUGGGUAAAAGAUAGAGUCAAGGAGCGCCUAUUGCCUUUCCCGAAGGUUAAACCAUUGUAUGAACAACCACCUGAAGUUUUGACUGCCACUGUGCCAGCCGAAGACUAUACCCAGGUACAUGUGGAAAACAUCCGGUUGCGUGAGAAGGGGGAAGAUGCUAAGAUAGAGUAUUUCUUGGUGAAUCAGAAAAGGGCUGAAUUAGCACAUGAGGUUAAAAUGUUGAAAGGAGGAUCUUCCAGAGUUCAAAAGAGGACUAGAACUGAAAAGGGUGAAAAAGCUACCGCUAUCAUUGUCGAGGAUAACGAGAAGAUCAUAAAAAAGGCCAUAAAAGAGGCAGAAGAGAAGCUCAAGCAAAAGUACAGAGAAGACUUGAAGGCCUGCAAGCUCCAGUUAGAAAAAGAGACUAAAUAUCAGCUGAGGACUAUGAAAAAGAAACUGGAAGAUGAGAUUACUCAGAGAAUAGCAGUCGAGACACAGCUGAAGGGAAGUCACCUCCGCUCCGCUCGACUAACAGAAGAGAAUGUCAAGCUCAGAGAUCAAAUGGCAAGUAUGGAGAAUGCACCUGAGAAAGAUUAUCUCCCAGAAUGUAAAGGAUGUGACGAACUUAGGGAGUGCUGCAAGAAGUUGGAUGGGCAUUUGUUUCGCAAAGAUGAGGUGAUUCAAAGCCUUCUUAAAGGAAGAGAUCGAGAAGCAACCAAGAAACUGUUUGAUGAAACUAAGAAGUGGAGUGACGAGCACUUCAGACAAGGAGGACCUCUGUUCUAUGUUCAGAUGGAUUGAUGUUUGAGUUUGUAUGUCUCGACCACCACCAGACUUGUUG